UUAUCUGCACGUAUCUAUGUCUGUAUCUUCCUCUGUCUAUAAAUAUAAUAUAUAUAUGCUUGAUUUGAACCAUUCAUGUCCCAAGCAUAGGAUUAAUCCUCCAAAAUGUUUAAUACUCUGACCCAACAAAUCACAGAGGCAAAUGGAAUGAGACUGUUGGUGUGGGCUGGAGGCUGUGGCGUGGGAUGGUGGGUUUUAAGCAUCACUGAAAACUGAAUAAUACAUUUUCUUCUUCCCACCACUGGAAGAAUUUUCCUGCAGGGUUUGUGGAGAUGAAGUCCGUGUGAUUAGGAGUACAGCCAGAAUCAGCUAGAUAAGUAGCAUUCUCGCACACCUCUUUAGCCUCUAAGUUAUCCUCUGCAAAGGAUUAGGAAUGUCAGAUAGGCAUUAAGGCUUUAAUAGCAAACAAACUGCUUUCUGUGGCUAAUGGUGCACCUCCUGUAUCUCCAUGAUGUGGACAGUCUUCAGCCUGCUUCUUGUCAGCUCCCUUUUUGUACUCAAAAGCGAAGCGCUGCAGUGUUACACCUGUGUAGGUUCUAGCGAUGACGACUGUAACAGACAAGGAACCCAGCAAUGUCCGGGCCAUUCAGAUGCGUGUGCGGUCUUUAGAGGACAAGCAAGUGGGGUGAUGAAGUCCUGCUCGUUCAGGUCCUUCUGCGAGCGGGCGAGGAGGGACGGAUCGCGAGCGCCCGGGGUGAGUGUUCACUGCUGCUACUCCAGCAACUGCAACGCAAAAAGCCUGGGGUCCAGAGUCACCAUCUCCACCAGCUACAUCCCUCUCCUCAUCUUCACGUUGCUGUGGCACCCGCUGUUGAAGGUGACAUGAAAGAGGAAAAAAAAAAAGAGUAUCCUGAAACAACAAAUCUGCCUCUAUAGAAAGGGAUUAUUAUAUUUCCUGAUCGCGUUACUCCAUGUACCACAUUUCUGGGUAGGCAAAAAGCAGUAGGCAGACCUGACAGAUAUUCAGAUAAAAAUUGUUCCCUCUGCUAAAUGUGUCAUGACCUAUAUGUAAGAAAUCCUGCCCUCUUGUUCUAUAUCAUAAGGGAUUGAUUGUGCGAGUAUGUAACAUUUUCCCUACAAUUUACAAAGUAUAUAUAAAGAGAAGUCUUAGCUGCAGGUAGCCCUGUAGUAGGAUAAAGGACCAAUGUCUUCCAAAUGCUGCUUACUGUUGGCAGCCAUUCAAAAGCAACCUAAAGUUUUCAAGCACAAAGUGACUGAAAAUUCUAGCACCUGAAUUAGUCUUUCAGAGAACAUUUGCUAACUGGACAAAGCCAGAAAAAAGGAAAUAAAAAUGAUUUAGUAUUAAUACAAACUUGUAAGAGGUCAUGUUACAGUAUGUAUGUUUCCUGGAAAAAAAUAAAGUUCAAAUUUUCUCUUUUCUGCUCCUUUGAGAAUCUUACCAGAACACUGGAAGAAAAGAAUAAUAAUAAUAAUAAAGAGCUUGGAGUUCUUUUGACCUGAUAAACUCCCUCCAAAGAGCAGCUCGUUCUAUCUCUCUUGCUGGUUUUGAGAACAAGUGGUUAAUCCCUGUCUUGUAGGCAAAUUAUAACUCGAGUAAUAACAUUUUUGUUUAUCCAAAUUCUUCUUGCAGUUUCAACUAUGUGACGUAUUCUUCACUGUCCUAAACUUUAUUCUUUGAGAGUAAGAGUAUAUUGAGUUGAUCUGUGGUGGUUUAUAAAUCCUUUAUAUUUUGCAAAGUGAAUGAAAUUAAUUGGAGAUUUUUAGAGAUGUGAGGAACUAAAUCAACAUCUUUAAUAAUCCAAUUCAUUGCGGUCUUACCAAGUAAAUGAUCCAGAAUGUCAUAGGCAGAUGGUCAUUUGAAGUGGUUAUGUUGAAACUAGGCAAGACGGGAGAAGUGAUGUAACGCACGACGCGAUAGCGCUAAGCAGGGUCCUGGGUCUGUGAUACUGGAGAGCACGGUGGAUCCUCCUUUGAUUCAAAACUCAGAGAGAGAGGCAGAUGAGUGAUAUUUGUAGAUUUUAAUAUCCAACUAUGAUGAUCUGGUCUAAUCUCCGGCACACAACAUGCAUAGGACUGGCUUAAAGUCCAGCUGGUGUUAUUGAACUAGAGGUGGUCUUUCGAGUUCUCGUCUAGUUGCCCAUUUGGAAAAAAAGAUUUGGUCAUCAAGUUUAUGGAACUCACAAAAUAUGUGGCAAAGUAGUUUUUCCACUAGAUUUGUGUUGUGACUUUUUUUCAGUAUAAUUCUCUGAAAAAUCAGUUCCAGGCGGUGUGUCAUGGAACUCUGCACAUUCACAAAAAGAAUUAUUAAGGUUGCAAACUCUAGAUUGGAACAAUCACUGAAACCUCAAGUAGAGUCUAACCCUGACCUGCCUUGUAGCUGUUGCCUGUCACAUGGACCAAACCUUCUCCUUGUUUUAUCGUAUUCUUUCCUCUGUCUGGAUCCUGCAUCAUCUCCUCUAGAUUGUGGCUUCAGACUGGGACUAUUCCAAUGGGUUUUGUUCAAAUCGGCUCUUAGACAAGGCGGUUCUCUAACCACAACUCUGAUAAAGCUGUUAAACAUGAAAGUUGCAACAAUGCAACAGAUUUCAGCUAAGAAAGUUAAUUUAGACUUAAAUAUCUCAUCUGUGUCAAAAUCCCUUAAGUUGAUUUAAGUAUUUUUCAUUUCAUUCUCAGCUUGAAUCAGUUCCUUCAAUCUGUUCUGCUACAGGAAAUGUGUAUUGAUUGUACCUUUAUUUUCUGAUUGCCCUGUAAUGAUGAAUCUGUAUUGAAUGUAAUCUCUAUAUGCUCAGUGCACUUCCUUAACGAGAAAAUAAAAUACAUGCAAUGGCUGACAA